CAGUUAUCCACUAUCCAAAGUUCCAGUCGUGUUCCACUGUUGUCCGUGCCAGGCUUCCAGCCUUCCUGGCCAGCUUGACGCUUGCUCUCUCACGGUCCUACGACUCACGAGUCUCACCCCGUCAAAAUCUAACCCUCUCACGACGGCCGCCGUCUCCUCACCCACUCGCUCGCAGUAGUGCAGCACCCACAGCGCGGCCGCUGGCUAUCGAAGUAUCGAACCGUUCCACUCGUCCCGUCGACGGCUCGCUCUCGCGGUGCUCUUAGAAAAGUGUACCGUGCUAUUAUUACUGCGACUCUGAACUUGCCAGUGUACACACCACUCGCUUUCUAGCCUGUCGUGCCGCGUCACAAGACCCAAAAUUCUCCUCCUCCGACACACUCGGCAUGCGACCUUUGACGUCGCCGUUCAACAGCGACCAGUCCGCAAACGCCUGACGUAGAAAUCCGUGUUCCAACUUGACGCCAAGGCGGGCCACCGCAGACGGACACGCGCCCUCUUGUCCGAGCGGCGUUGGCUACAACAAGUCAGCAACUGUGCUCCCUCAUCCCCGAACGGCCGGCGGUACCCCGUCGAACGACUAAUACAUAAUGAGAAACCGGAGCAGAUUUACUAGCCAAUCUGAUCAAUCAGACGAUCAAAUUUUUACACCGGUUGUACACACAAGGUCAAAAUUUUCAACUAUGCAUCAUACACGUGGAAGUAGUGAUCGUCAUGGAGGAGAUGAUUCAAACAACAUUGAAGGAACUAGAAGAAGUACCAGGAAACGAAAGUUAAAAUAUGAAAAUUAUAGUGAUACUUGGAUUGUUGGUUCUCAAGCACUUAAAGGUUAUCCAAAUAUGGUAAAUGAAGAAGGAGAUGUUGAACGGAGAAUUACCAGAAAUUAUAGAUUGAAACAAGAAGUAGAUGAUGAUGAAGAUGAUGAUGAAGAAGAUGAUGAUGCUAAUGCUGAGGCUGAUGCUGAUGCUGAUGACCAAGAAAAUGAAGAAGAAGAAACCAAUCAUAACUCAACAAUAAGUAUUAAACAAGAAAGUAAACAUGUGUCUGUUACAACUGAAAAUAAUGAUAGUCGUCCAAGAACAAGAAGAGCUGUAGCUGAAGCUAGUGACAAAUCCAAUGACCAAAAUGUCGAUAACGAAGAUUUGUAUACUCGUAUAAAACGCACACGAAAUAAAAAUCAACCUAAACCUAAUACUGCUACAGAACAAAGUAGCGAUGAAUCUAUGAGUUCUGAAGAGUUAAAUAAUUUGAAAUUUGAAGAUUAUUUAACAUCCAUUAAGAAGUUGAAUGGCAAAAAAAAAAGGAGGACUAUACGAUUAAAACAAUGCAGCAUCAGGCAAUCCAAUCGACCAAGGUAUUAUAGAUACAGUUUGCGCAAAGUUAAACCAAUGGUCCAAAGAUUUCAAAUACAUUCAGAAAAAAAUACAAGAGCUAUAAAAACUCCUUCAAAAAUGGUGAAUGGUCCGAGAAAACGUCGAUCUUCAUCUUCAUCUGAUUCAAGUUCUUCUGGUAUAUCUGAUAACGAUUUAGAAACAUCUGUCAACCAAACUCAAGUUAUUAAAAAACCCAAAGGUCAUACAAGAGAUGAUAAAAAUAAAAAUAAAACAUCUCUAGAAGAUAUCAAACCAAUUGUAGUAGACAGUGGUAUUGGUUUUCAUAAUAUUGGUGGUUUACAAGAACAUAUUGACUGUCUUCGAGAAAUGGUUGUUUUCCCAAUGAUUUAUAGAAAUGUUUUUGAAAUGUUUGAACAACAUCCUGCAAAAGGAGUGAUUUUCCAUGGACCACCCGGAACAGGCAAAACAUUACUUGCCAGAGCAUUAGCUAAUGAAUGUAGUAAAGGUGGACAAAAAGUAUCAUUUUUUGUGCGUAAAAGUGCUGAUGUAUUAUGCAAGUGGGUUGGUGAAUCAGAAAGACAACUUAGAUUACUUUUUGAUAAGGCAAAAGAAAUGAAACCUUCUAUUAUAUUCUUUGAUGAACUUGAUGGUUUAGUACCUGUACGUUCGGGGAAACAAGAUCAAGUACAUAAUAGUAUUGUUACUACCAUGUUGGCUAUGAUGGAUGGAUUAGAAAAUCGCGGUGAUGUCAUUGUUAUUGGCGCCACAAACCGUAUAGAUUCUAUAGAUCCUGCUCUUAGAAGACCUGGGCGAUUUGAUAAAGAGCUUUACUUUCCACUUCCAACAGACAAAGACAGAUUACAAAUAUUACGUAUUGUAACUAGCAAAUGGAAGAAUCUUCCUGAAAAUGAUAUACUAGUAAAACUAUCUGAAGAAACUGUUGGUUAUACAGGUGCUGAUUUGAAUUCUCUGUGUUCUGAAUCAGUAUUGCAGGCAUUAAAUCGUACAUAUCCACAAAUUUAUAAAACAUCAAAAAGACUACUCUUAGAUUUAGAUAAAAUUCUGGUAAAACUUGAAGAUUUUGAAAAAGCCAUGAGUAAAAUUGUACCAACCACUGAGCGGAACGUUGUGCUCAAUCCUAAAAAAUUACCAAGUAUUUACCGUCCAUUAUAUGAAAGUGUACUGGAGGAUUUUAUAUCCUAUAUAAAUAAAAUAUUUCCAGAACUCAAUUCACAAUCAAAUCAAAGACUGAGAGUAGCAAAAGCUCCUCGCCUUCUGGUUCACGGCUUAUCGGAUUCAAAAAAUGUUUUGGUUGUUCCAGCACUUCUACAGCAUUUUGAAAAUUGUUAUAGACAUACAUUAAGCUGUACAACAUUACAUAGCAAUUCAGCAUAUUCUCCCGAGGAAUCUAUUGUACAAAUUUUUAAAGAGCUUCCUAAACACCUUCCUGCAAUUUUAUUUAUUCCAAAUGUAGGUGAAUUUUGGACCAGUUUAACAUAUUCAUUACAAAAGCUGUUCUUAGAAUUAUUGGAUACAUUAGAUAUUACUCUUCCUGUGUUCAUAUUAGCAACAUCACUUUAUGAUUUUAAGGAUUUGCCAAAAGAAAUAUCAUACCUAUUUUUUGGUGAUAAACGAAAAUAUUCUAUUCCCAAUCCACCGGAAAAAGCUGUACAAUCGUUAUUUACUAUGUUACUGGAUAAAGCCCUUACACCACCUAUAAUAGUUAAUGAACAAUCAUUAGAAGAAUUACCUAUCGCUCCUAUACCUAGUCCUCCAAAACUAAGUGAAUCCGAAUUAAAAAAUAUUAUUUGUCAAGAAGAAAACACAUUAAGAGAACUCAGAAUAUUUUUACGAGAUAUUUGUGCCAAACUUGCUCGAAAUAAACAAUUUUUCAUGUUUACAAAGCCAGUUGACAUAGAAGAAGUACCUGAUUAUUUAGAUAUCAUCAAGGAACCUAUGGAUUUAGAAACUCUUAUGAGUAAAAUCGAUAAACAUAGCUACAUUUGUGCCAGAGACUUUUUAGAUGAUAUUGAUCUUAUUGUAAGAAAUGCAUUGGAGUACAACCCAGAUAAAAGUGCAGAAGAUAAACAUAUCAGACAUAGAGCUUGUUCUUUAAGAGAUAAAGCAUAUGCUUUUAUCAAAGCAGAAAUGGACUCUGAUUUUGAAGAUACUUGUCGGGAUAUUAGAGAUAAGCGCAAAAAGCGUAAUGCUACUGAGAUUGAACAAACUUGUGUUCCUGAUUUUGUACACACAAUUAAGAAAGAUCAAAUAGUAGACAAAGACGAUCAUAAUGAAGAUAAUAAUGGCAAGAGGAAAAAACGUCGUAAUAUGUGGCAAAAAGGUUUAACACCUAAGAAGAAAAAAUACUCAAAAAAUUCCAAAGAACAUGAUGAAAAUACAGCCAAUGAGAAUACUAGUAAUCCCACAAUUAAUGGAAUUGAAAUUCUUGCACCCGAUGAAAGUAGUAAUGAUAGCAACCAUUCUAUGGUGUGGGUGGACCGGUCAACUUCACCUAGUCCUACGCCUAAUGAAAGUAAUCAGCUAAAUUUGUCACCAAUCAUUCCCAAACAAGAACUUAAGAUUGAUAAGACCUUAUUUCGUGCAUUCAUAUGCAAAGAUAUAAUGCCAUUUUGGGAUGAAAUAGACGUUUAUAAUAUUGAUGAUGGAAUUGUUGAUUUGUUUUCCAUACUCGAUAAUAAAAUUAGUCAGUAUUUACAAAUAUGGGAUCGAUCCACCCUAGUUACGGAGUUAAAAGCAGAAUUUGAAGAAUUUAAGAUUCAAUAUAUUAAAGAGCUUGAAGAAAAAAAUGUAUAAAUAUGUCUUGCAUUUUACUGUAUCUAACUGCCAAAGACAUUUUUAGUUAAACAUCAUAUUACAUGGUAAAUUAGAUAUAUAUUUAAACUGUAUUAACUUUUUUUAUGAUACUGAUUCAGUUUUAUACUGCCAUUUUAUUUUAUAAUUUAUCUGAUUGAUUUUUUUUUUGUACCGAAAUAUUAAAUUUCAAGUUUCCAUUAAUAUAAACUUGUAACUAAAAUGUUGUUAUAAUCUUAGGCAUGUUAUAAUUUUAAAUAAACUAACUGUGAAUUAA